AUGGCUUCUUCGGACGACGAUAUGCCCCUCGCUCGGUCAAGAAGGCCUCAUGGCACAAACGGAGUCACUUCUCCUCUCUCCUCUUCGAAGAUCCCCUCCUCGGUCGACGCUACAAUGGAUCGGCAAAUUCCUACGAAUGGAGAGGUGCUGCCUGGCAUAUCGAUGGCGAAUGGUGAUGUGAAAUUGGAAGACACACCGAUGACAGAUCCCAAAGACAAUCUUACCAACGGUGCUGCUAUGGCCAAGCGCAAGGUCCGAGAGUCUCUCACGCGACCAUCCUAUGCCGAGGCAGAAAGCAGUGAUGACGAUCAACCACUAAGCAAAAAGAGAAAGACUACCACGACGGUGACGAACGAAUCAGAUUCCGACGACGCUCCUCUUGUUUCCAAGGCAAAGACCAACGGCAAGGUAGUCACCAAGCCUCCACGUGCUUCUGCAGCUCAGAUUGGCGAGUCGUCGGAUUCGGAUGUACCCCUUCAGAAAAAAUUGGCCAAGCAGAAACAGAAAAUUGAGAAGGUCGCUGAGAAACAAGCCCAGGAAAUUCGCCGAGAAGGAAAGAAGGAGGCCGGGAAACCGGCAAAGAAGGCCACUCCAGUCACCACCAAGGUCAAAAAGGAGGAAUUGAGUGAUGAUGACAAACCCUUGGCCAAGCGAGCCCCUGCCUCUUCAUCCCCAAAGGUCAAAGCCGAGUCCUCUAUACCCGUGAAGAAAUCGACGCCGAAAGCUGUCAAGAAGGAGGAGACUCAGGAACCCGAGGACGAAGAAGAGGAAGAGGAAGAAGUGAGAUGGUGGGAAGACCCAACAAAAGGUGACGGAACCAAUAAGUGGGAAACUUUAGAGCACAAUGGUGUUGUCUUCCCCCCUCCUUACGAACCGCUUCCCCCAAAUGUCAAGAUGAAAUACGAUGGUGUUCCCGUUACCUUGCAUCCCGAUGCCGAGGAAGUGGCGGGUUUUUUUGGCUCAAUGCUCAACUCGACUCACAACGUGGAAAAUCCGACGUUCCAGAAAAACUUCUUCGAGGACUUCAAAGACAUGCUCAAAAAGACGGGAGGUGCCACCGACGAGAAGGGGGAGAAAGUCGCCAUCAAGGAGUUUGCCAAGUGCGACUUCAGACCGAUUUUCGAAUACUACGAUGCGCAAAGAGAAGCCAAGAGGGCCUUGCCACCCGCCGAAAAGAAGGCGAUCAAGGCUGCCAAAGAUGCUGCCGAAGCCCCCUACAUGUACUGUAUCUGGGAUGGCAAGAAGCAGAAAGUUGGUAACUUCCGGGUCGAACCUCCGGCGCUGUUCCGGGGUCGAGGUGAACAUCCCAAAACCGGCAAGGUCAAAACCAGAGUCAUGCCGGAGCAGAUCACGAUCAACAUCGGUGAAGAUGCCAAGGUACCUCCUCCACCGGAAGGUCACAGAUGGAAAGAAAUCAAGCAUGACAAGCAAGGCACUUGGUUGGCCAUGUGGCAAGAAAAUAUCAACGGCAACUACAAAUAUGUGAUGCUUGCCGCCAAUUCCGAUGUCAAGGGUCAAAGUGAUUACAAGAAAUUCGAAAAGGCUCGUGAACUCAAGAAGCACAUUGAUCGAAUCCGAAGAGACUACCGAAAAGAUCUCAAAUCCGAAUUGAUGGCCGAUCGGCAAAAAGCCACUGCCAUGUACCUGAUCGAUCAGUUUGCCCUCCGUGCCGGCAAUGAGAAAGGUGACGACGAAGCAGAUACCGUGGGUUGUUGUUCACUCAAAUAUGAGCAUAUCACGUUGAGGGCUCCGUCGACCGUCAUCUUUGAUUUCUUGGGUAAAGACAGUAUUCGAUUCCAUGAGGAAUUUGAAGUGGACCCUCAAGUCUUCAAGAACCUGAAAAUCUUCAAGAAACCGCCGAAGAAGGAAGGGGAUGAUGUCUUCGACCGUCUGACCACAACUCAACUCAACAACCACCUCAAGAAUUAUAUGCCCGGGUUGACCGCCAAAGUCUUCCGUACCUACAAUGCUUCUUUCACCAUGUCACAACUAUUGAGUGAAAUGAAAUCUGAGGGUACCAUUCAUGAAAAGAUCAAGGAUUACAAUGACGCCAAUCGGAAGGUCGCAAUCCUUUGCAAUCACAAGCGAACAGUGGCUGCCAGCCAUGCAGGUCAAAUGGAGAAAUUGGGUGACCGACUGAAGGGUGUCAAGUACCAGCAAUGGCGACUCAAGCAAAUGAUGCUGGAUAUUGAUCCGAAGAUCAAAAAGAAGAAGGGAGCCGACUAUUUCGAAUUGCCGGAUGACUUGGAUGAGGCCUGGAUCUUGGAGCAUCAAGCCUUUCUGGUCGAAGAACAAAAGGCCAAAAUCACCAAGAAAUUCGAAAAGGAGAACGAAAAACUCCAAGCAGAAGGCCAAAAGGAGAUGAAACACAAAGAGCUCGAAGAGCGCCUAGAGGUGGCCAAAGAGCUGGAAAAGAAAUUCAAGAAGGAGAACCAAACGAAGAAGGUCGAGGCCGAGGGCAAGUCUCCAACCAUUGAAAAGUUGGAAGAGAAUGUCAAGAAGCUCGAUACUAGAAUUGCCACCAUGUCCGUCCAAGCGGAGGACAAGGAGAACAAUAAAGAGGUGGCACUGGGGACGUCCAAGAUUAACUACAUCGAUCCUCGAUUGACGGUGGUGUUCAGUAAGAAAUUCAAUGUGCCGAUAGAGAAAUUCUUCUCCAAGACUCUCCGCGAGAAAUUCGAGUGGGCGAUCAAGUCCGUGAAUGAGAAUUGGGCAUUUUAG